CUUCGCCGUUCCUCCCGGCCCCUCCUGGAGAACAGCUCCAAGGUGCGAUGCUUCUUGAAGCAGCACAUCCCUGGCGUGGCCCUGGAGCGGCAGCGCUCCCUCAAGAAGUCUAAGAAGGAGAACGACGUCUCCCACACGCUACAGGAGGUGGCCCUGGCCCCAGAGAACCCCUCCAAAUCCAUCCUCAAGCGGCCCAAGGGCAUCCUGAAGAAGAGAAACUCCUGUGAGCAGAAAGUGCCCGGCCCUGGUCCCCCACCAGCAGCACCCGCGGGAGAGGCAAGGGGUGAGGAUGGCAAGGUGGCUGAUGCAGGUCUCACCCGGAUCCUGUCCUCUGGGAUGCUGCCCUGCAGCACGGGUGACGAAGCAGUGCCCAUGGCCAUGCCCAAGAAGGGAAUAUUGAAAAAGCCCUCAACAAGGGAGUCAGGGUAUUACUCGUCCCUGGAGUGCUGCGAGUCUGGAGAUGUCCUGGAUGCGGGGAGCUUGGACCUUGAUGGGAACGUGUUUGCUGACACCCCCUGCCCGGAGCAGGGUCCCCCGGGCCUCCCUGCCCGCCGGAAAGGCAUCCUCAAGCACAACAGCAAGUACUCCUCCAGCAGCACCGAGCCGGACAGCCCCCCUGGGCAGGGUUUCGGGGGCUUUGCUGGGGUGCCCCUGUCCCAGGUGCCCCGUGCCCGCCCAUCCAGCGCUGUGAGCGAGGACAGCAUCCUCUCCACGGAGUCCUUCGAUCAGCUUGACCUGCCCGCCCGUGUCCCCCACGGUGGUGGGGGCAUGCGGGGCUGCAUCUCUGCUGACAGCCUCCUCCGGCUGGAAGAGGAGGAGGAGGAGGUGGAGGAAGGGCGCAGGCUGCGCCGCUGGACUGUAACCCAUUGCCGGAGUCCCCUGGGAGAGAGCAGCUUGUCUCUGGCGGGCUGUGACAAUGUCACCGAGGUCUACCGGCGCGCCGUCGCCAUUGGCAUGAAGCUGAGCUGA